CNCCCGAGGGCGGCUGGGCUGGGUGGUGUUGCUGGCCGCCAUGUGGUGCAACGGCGCCGUCUUUGGCAUUCAGAACUCGUGCGGGGUCCUCUUCGUCUCCAUGCUCCGGCUCUUCGGCAGCAGCGAGGACAAGCAGCUGAUAUUUAAAACAGCAUGGGUGAGCUCUCUUUCUAUGGGAAUGGUCUUCUUCUGUUCCCCAAUAGUCAGCAUAUUCACAGACCUGUAUGGCUGUCGAAAAGUAGCUGUUAUUGGAGCUGCAGUAGGGCUUGUUGGACUCCUUUCGAGUUCUUUUGUAAGCACCAUUGAGCCUCUGUAUUUCACCUAUGGAAUCUUGUUUGCCUGUGGCUGCUCGUUUGCCUACCAGCCAUCCCUGGUCAUUCUCGGGCACUAUUUCAAGAAGCGCCUUGGACUGGUGAAUGGCAUUGUCACUGCGGGCAGCAGCUUGUUCACAGUGUCACUGCCCUUCCUCCUGAGGGUCCUGAUCGACUCUGUCGACCUGUACAACACCUUGAGGGUCCUCUGCAUCCUUAUGUUUGUUCUGUUCCUGGCUGGAUUUACAUACAAACCUCUUGUUCCCAACACCAAAGAAAAGGAGGGAGGAAAGAAGGGAAAAUUCAAAUUACCUCCUGCGAGAAAGAUUUGCAAUUUCUCCGUUUUCAAAGUUCUCAGUUACCGAAUCUGGGCUUUUGGGAUCCCAGCUGCACUUUUUGGAUAUUUUGUGCCUUAUGUUCACUUGAUGAAUCACGUAAAAGAGAGAUUUGGUGACAGCGUGCCAGAAGAAGUGCUUCUGCUAUGUCUGGGCAUUACCUCAGGAGUUGGCAGAUUGAUCUUUGGCAGAGUUGCAGAUUAUAUUCCUGGUGCAAAAAAAAUUUAUUUACAGGUGGCCUCAUUCUUUUUUAUUGGGCUGAUGUCUAUGAUGAUUCCACUGUGCAAGGUCUUUGGAGCUCUCGUUGCUGUCUGUCUCUUCAUGGGCCUGUUUGAUGGGUGCUUCAUUUGCAUUAUGGCUCCCAUUGCCUUCGAGCUCGUUGGGGCUCAGGAUGUCUCCCAGGCCAUCGGAUUUCUCCUUGGACUCAUGUCAGUGCCUAUGGUAGUUGGUCCACCCAUUGCAGGUUUGCUGCGGGAUAAGCUUGGCACCUACGACGUGGCAUUUUACCUGGCUGGAGUCCCUCCCCUCAUUGGAGGAGCUAUUUUGUGUUUCAUCCCCUGGGUCCACGAACGGCACAAGUUGAAAGAGAGAGCAAAACCUGUUGAUGGAGAAACUACUGAGAAAAUGCUGGAGAACGAAAGCACUUUGGUGUCGGACACGACAGAAAAGCCAGUCAAAGAACUGGAUUCUGGCUUUUGAUGCCUUUUUCUUUUCCCUGUACCACCCUGACCUCCUCCUACUGAAGCUAGAUUUCUACUUUUUGGCUGAAGAUACUAUACGAUACUGAAGUAUUGAACUAUUGCUCAAAUUGCAAAACUGCUACAAGAAUCUUUUAUACCAUUGAACUUUUUUGACAAGUCUUUGAAUUUGAUUUCAAGCCACAUUUUCAAGGUAUUUGACGUUUUGUAGCUUUAGUGUGUACGUGCGUAGUGAUUCUGUGUGUGAAGAGAAUAUUUUUCUAAUCCAUCAGAACUGAUUUCUGGAAAUGUGAAAGCUGUUUUUCCUUCACUGACCCGGGAUUCUUCAAUGAAUAUCUAUGAUCCGUCCUCGGCAGGCACACCCUUGGGUGUUUAUACUGGAUAAUGUAGUAGCUCUUAUGACUGAUCUGUUUUUUUGAAGUUUAUCAUGCUGUUUACAGUCUUUUAUAAUUCUCUAUCAUGAACACAAAUAUGCAUCUUUUUGCUGAAAUGAUUUUUUUUUUCAUUAGAAAGCUAAAUUAUUAUAUAACUGUUGAAACACUCACUUGUGUUUGCAUUCACCUUUCACAGUAGCCCAAAGAACAUUAAGGAUGGCAUUUUUAAUGGGCUCAGGUUUUGAAUAUGUGCAAACCAACCUCCAAGUGCAAACAUGUUCAGAAGUAACGCUGCUGAGUAAUAGAAUUUUUUAUUAUUAUUAUUAUUUUUUGGUGAAGGCAAUACCCUUAAGAUGUAUUUGUAUAAAUUUGAUUUCAGCCAAACCUCAGAGUACUGGAUAGUUUUGAAACUGUACUGACUAAUUCUUUGGAGCAGUAUUGUGAAUUAGACUAAAUUUCAAAUUAUUCUGUUGUACUUGUUAGGAUUUCUUUCCUUUUUGGUUUGUAAAACCAAGACAGCUUUAAAUGAUACAUUCUAAGUGCAAUACCAAGUUUUUAAUGUGGAAAUAUACACGAGCUAUUAAAACAACAUUCAGCAACUAAAGAUUUUUGCACUAAGUGAACAUGCAGGUUUAUUACAGGUCUUUAUAGCUGUGCUCAAUUGCCUGUAGAUUAUAUGGCUCCAUGUUUUAUUCAAAUAUAAAGAAAUGUCUUUGCAUGUCCUAUUUCUUGCGUAACAUCCUAAACAAAUGGCCCCAUGGCUUCUGCAUUCUUAGGUAUUAUGCACUGUUUGUCAAGCAAGUAAUCUCUUUUCCAGAAAAAUGUUUAAAAGCAUAAUACUUUGAGAUUAAAACACUGCUUUUCAGUUUAUCAUAAAACACUUCUAAGCACAUUGCUUAUGUGUGGAUAUGUUUCAGCAAUCACUGGAAUAUUUAAUAAUUCUUUAUUUCAGGUCCAUUUAAUACCAAUCAUUUUUGUUGUCUCAUUUAAAACUGUCAUAGCAAAGAGUAAACUGAAUGCGAUCUGGACAAAAUUACUAUUUAAGUGCUUUUUUAAUUAGUAACUGUUCUUUACAUAAACCAUGGAGGCAUAGUGUUUUGUUUUGUUUUUUUUUUUUUUUUUUAAUGAUAGCCUUUAUUAUCUAUUUUCAUUCUUCUUUUUCCAGUGUUGCAGUAAAUUGCUCAGAAAACCAAUCUAAAACAGCAAUACUAUUGCAUUUAAUGUUUACACCUAGCAAUUGACAGAAGUUCUUUAAAUAUAAUAAUGGAAAACAUUCUAAUUAUUGUAGACCAAAGCUCAGACUUUUUUAUAUUGCAGGAUUUCGGUCCCUACUUUGCAUGAGUGAGGUCUAAAAGAAUUGAAUAUUAAAAUGUUAGAGAGACAUAUGUGGAAGGGACUUGGAGGGUGGGGAGAAAAAAGCCAAUCUGGAAAACUGUGGUCUCUUCAGGUUCACAGGGACUUGUGCUUUGGCACAUUGUAAGUACUUCUAAAAAUGUCAUUAAAAUAUGCAUAGUAGUGUUAAUUAAGAUUACUACCUUCACUACAGAAAUGAUGCUGACAGCCAAUGCUGCUCUUGUCUGGAGUGUUUCUGUAGAACGUGAUAUUCAGUAUUAUUUUCCAUUUGGGCAACACAGAAGGUAUUGCUGGCUAAGUGUAGUAAAAGACUCAUUUCCUGUUGUUCUGUUAUGAAAAAUUAGUGCUCAUCAUAGAUCUUGCAUUUAAUGUGUUUUCAGUCCUAAGUUUUAUACCAAAAACAAAACUGCUGCUUUUUUUAUCACUGGUGCAAUUUGAAAUGAUUGUGACCAGGUAUAUUGGUGUAAUGAUGGUAUCUUUCCAACUUGCUGCUCUGCAUCUCUAAAUUAUCUGGGAGAGUAUAUAAAAGAAUUGUUGUAAGAUUUAUAAAUGACAUGGAAAUGGUAUAUCAGUAGUAUGGGCUAAUUCUUGCCAUGAUGUUUAAAGAAAAAGAAAAAAAAUCCAAACUCUCAUAUUUGCAUAAAAUUUAUAAAAAUCCCCAAACCAACAAACCAAAAAAACUGCACAACCUGUAACCUCCAUGGGGAGGGUACAAUUACUAAUUGUUUAGGAGUGAUUCCUAUGGUAAAUAGUGAGUGGGAUGCUGGAUGAGAGGGAAGCAGAACUUAGGGGGAAGGGGAAGCUCUGCUGGUAUGAUAGUGUUAGAAUAACAAACCCUUUUCUGAUGCAGUGCUUGUUUUGCAACAAUGCUGAAAUUGGAAAGGCUUUUCAGAGAAGAUAAAUUACUGUUUAAGAACUCUAUUAGCAUCUUUUCUGUUAGCUUGUAUCUGUGGGGGAAAUGUCCAGUAGCAAAUGCUCUUUUCUGGACAGAAGCAUAAGGUGUUUGUGUCCUAAAGCUAGGUAGGAAGAAAAACAAGCUCAGAUUGUUUGUUCUGAGGCUGACCAACCACUGAGAAACUUAUUGAGAGAGAUACUAGAUUCUAUUUGCCCUGAGGUUUUAAAAAUUAGGUUAGAUGACUCUAUUCUAAAGAAAAAAAAAGCAAAUAAAUCCCCAAACAAACUAAAAUAUGAAAAAUCCUACACAAAUAGCAACUACUUAGUAAACUUAUUUUUUAAAAAAAUUGAUAUUGUAGAAGUGGAGAAAAGGACAGAAUAUUCAAUUUUAACUUAAUAAAUGUAAAUAAUAUUUUCUAACAAUUUAUUUUUAGGUGUGAAAACCUAUUCAUGGGAAACCUGUUGAAAUCCUAUUUUGGUGACCCAAAUCAUGCCAGCCUGAAUCUUGCUGGGGGUAGAUUCUAAAAUUAAAAUAGUAGCUUAAUUCAAGAAGGCUCUUAAAUCACUCUGAUACAUCCCUCUCUUGAGAACAGUUCAUAGAGUACUUUCCAUAGACAUUAUGCUUGUAUCCUAUAAACAGAGUAGUCAUCUUUUCAUUGAAUGUUCUCAGGGUAAAUUUUCAGAAGAAAAUGAGUAGAAAGAGGGUCACUUUAAAUGGCAGUGUGAAAUUUCCAGUCCUACGUGGUGCUGUCAUUUAAUACACCAGAUCUUGACUGCUAUUAAGAGUGUGUGUGUAUCUGUAAAUACAAUGUAUUUUGACAAGGGCAUGCACAAACAUUCUGCAUCUCACUAGAGGAGGUGUGCAGUUCUGGAAGGUGGGAGAUGGCUAAGGAAAAAAUGAUCCCUUUCUGUGUGCCUCCCUGUUGACAAGCACAGCACCAGCAGAGUUCCAGCCAGCCAGUGAGUUUCCAGUCAUGUAAACUUUGGCAUAUGUGCAGUAUGCCUUCUAGUCUAUAUAUAUCUUGUGUCAACAGCUGUAAUGUUUUGGAAGUGCAUAUGCUAAGAUUAGAGGGAUUUUAUACUAAAAUGUUUGCUAAUAUUGACAACACUGACAUGUUUAAGUAUCUUUAUAGACAUCAUAUUUUGUAUGUUGUUUUUGAUAUUAAAGAGUACAUGUUUUGCUAGCCUUAACUCCAGUCUUUCAAGUUCUGCUUUGUUAGAAGGGUAAGAAAUGAAUGUUUAAUGUUUUUCGUGGUGCUAAAGUAACUGUGAUCAGUUUCAAAUUAUUCAGAAUAAAGAUGGUAGUGUUUAAGUGCUCCAUUUGUUACUGCA